GUACUCACUACUCCAGAGUGUUUCGCUCUUCUUCUCUCCCUCCAUUAGAACCCUAAAACAUUUUUAAGUCUCUGCAAAAGAGUGAGAAUUUAUCAAUGGAGGUAAGCUAUAUGUGCAUGAAACGCGCAGGAACAAGUUGUCUCAAAGUAAUGAAGAAGAAUCCAUACAUGAAACACUCAAUUAAAACUCCUUCCACUUUCGUAUCCCAUCCUUCUUAUACAUCUUACAUAUCCACUCUCUCGACGCCUCAUAACACCCCCUUUAUUUCAGUUUUUGCAAAAUCUUGUUUUUCUUCUUCUUCUUCUUCAGUUUCAGAUUUACCAUUAAAAAAUAGCUCAGAAAAAACUGGUUCGAAAGUGAUUCUAAAGAACAUGAAUUAUUGUGAACUUGAAAAAUGGGUGCAAUCACAUGGAUAUAGACCUGGUCAAGCAUUAAUGUUGUGGAAGCGUUUAUAUGGGAACAACCUUUGGGCACUAUGUAGUGAUGAGUUGGAAGGAUUGAACAAAGAUUUUAGAAAAAUGUUGGGGGAAUUAGCUGCAUUUAAGGCUUUGUCUUUGAAAGAUGUCCUCACUGCAUCAGAUGGAACUCGAAAGAUACUGUUCAAGUUGGAAGAUGGAUCAGUCAUAGAAACAGUUGUGAUUCCAAAGAGUGGGAGAAAUACUGUUUGUGUUUCAAGCCAAGUUGGUUGUGGCAUGAACUGCCAGUUUUGUUUCACCGGCAGGAUGGGUUUAAUGAGGAAUCUAACUGUAGCUGAGAUAGUAGAGCAGGCUGUUUUUGCACGGCGUUUGCUCUCAAGUGAAAUCGGAUCUAUUACAAAUGUUGUAUUUAUGGGAAUGGGAGAACCACUUCACAAUAUUGAUAAUGUGUUAAAAGCUGCUUCCAUAAUGGUUGAUGUUCAAGGCCUUCAAUUCAGUCCAAACAAAGUUACCGUUUCAACCAGCGGGCUUGUUCCCCAACUCAGGCGCUUCCUUCAUGAGUCCAACUGUGCAUUGGCAGUCAGUUUGAAUGCAACAACUGAUGAGGUUAGAAACUGGAUCAUGCCGAUCAACAGGAAGUAUAACUUGGCACUCCUUCUAGGGACUCUACGUGAGGAACUCCGAACCAAACAUAAGUAUAAGGUGUUAUUUGAAUAUGUGAUGCUCGCUGGAGUUAAUGACAGCAUGGAUGAUGCAAAGAGGCUGGUUGAUCUUGUUCAGGACAUUCCAUGCAAAGUAAAUCUUCUCACAUUUAAUCCACACAAAGGCUCACCCUUUAAACCAACCAGUGAAAAGAAAAUGAUAGAGUUUAGGAAUGCUCUGGCCGAAGCAGGGUGUGUUGUAUUAUUGCGUCCCAGUAGAGGUGAUGAUCAAAUGGCUGCUUGCGGUCAGCUUGGGAAGCCUGGUGAGAUUGAGGCUCCUCGGCUCCGCAUUCCCACUCAGUUCCAAAUGGUUGUAUGAUGUAUGGUAAUGCCAAUACUAGCAUUAGUACAAAUAUUUACGACGCCUAUUGGAACUGCAGCACAGAAGCCUAACUCAAAUUUUAUAAGCUCGCACCAUUGGGCGAUCAUACUACUUGCUAUUUGAUUAUUGUUUUUCAUUACUAGAAAUAGGGAUCACAUCCCGUGUCCUUUUCGCUACUUGCUUAGAUACUAGACCCUAUGUUUAAUGGUACACCAAGAAGAUUGGCCUGUAGAAACAUUAUCCUUUUAUUGUCACCAAGAUUAUCGCCAAAAUUAUCAGGGUUACAGGGGGUUA